UAGGGCUACUAUGCUUUCAGAAGCACAGCCCCGGUGUGAGGACCAUGAGACUGGCUCUUACAAAAGAACCCAUGACACUCGAAUGAACAAACCUCACACUUUUCUUCUUACAUCCUGCAAAAAGAAGAAAGAAGCAUUCCACCAUGCCCAUCAAGUAUCUAUCACAGCGUGCAGCACAGGCUAUCGACGUCGAGCUCAUGUCUCCGACCGGCGGAGGGUUCAGCUUUGACCAACUUGUCGAACUAGCUGGAUUCAGCGUCGCUCAAGCGAUCACGAAAGAAUUCAAUUGCGACAAGUAUCCAAGAAUUCUAAUCUUCUCUGGUCCAGGAAACAACGGCCUCGAUGGUCUCGUAGCAGCUCGCCACCUCUCUCAUUUUGGGUACCAACCCAAAGUAUACUACCCAAAACGACCAGACAAGGCCGUCAAUAAGGGGCUUAUGAAACAAUGUACUGAACUGGAGAUUCCUUUUGUGGACACACCCGAGUCAGGCUUGCACAACAGCGAUCUUAUUGUCGAUGCCAUCUUUGGAUUCAGCUUCUCGGGUGAUGUCCGUCAACCCUUUGUCUCGGCGAUCGAGGCACUCAAGACUACCAAGCUGCCCAUUGUAUCUGUCGAUAUUCCCUCGGCGUGGGAUGUGGAGAAAGGAAACGUGAACGAAGGAUUCCAACCGACCAUGCUUGUGUCUUUGACUGCACCCAAGGAAGGUGCCAAGGACUUUCAAGGCCCGUACCAUUACCUUGGUGGCCGGUUUAUCUCAAAGCAAAUGGAUCGCAAGUGGGGACUGAACUUGCCAGAGUUUCCAGGAACGGAUCAAUGCGUUAAAUUGGAGAACAACCGUUCAACACCAACAUCAACAUCAACAUCAGGUUCAUCCUCAACAGCCGCGCCAACAACGGAUACGAAGAAGAAUGUUGGCGAUAAGAUGGACCGGCAUUUCAUGGAAAAUGUUGUCUCCAACAGCUUUGCUUAAGCUGCACGAGGGGAGGAGAAUGAAAGAAAGGAGAAAAAAAAAAAAGAACGAAAAAAUGCCAUUGUACAUAUGAACGCCCAACGCACGGGCAUGCAUUUUUUUUCGAAAAAUACAGAAUUGGUUCGCACUGUGGAUCACUGAAGAAUUGAUGAUGUAACAGAGCUCUGUAGUGAAGAGCAUCUUAUCACAUUGGAUCCUGCCCUUUUGCAUUCAGACCUUGUCAAUGGUGGUAAACGUUGCCUUUCUUAAAAAAAAAAAAAAAAAAAAAAAAAAAA